GAUUUAAAUUCUAUGACUUUGUUAAGCAACUUGCACAAGUGUGUAUAAUAAACUUCAAACUGUUGUUUCUUUUAGAAAAGAAAAAUCUUAAGAGAGUAAUGAAAAUUGGUCGUUGGGUUUACGAUAAUUAAACAAAGGUUGAAAGAGCAUCAACCGUUGAUUAGUCUUCUUAAUCCUCAACGACGAAUUCAACUGCUCCUCCAAUAUUCUCUUCCUUCUUCCUUCUUUCGGAAACAACCACAGAAGCAAAGAAAUCAAUCUCCUAUGAGUUCCAAGAGACGGCGGAGAUUCAAUCUCCGAACAGUGUUCUCCAUCAUCUUCCUCACCUUUCUUCCUCUGAAUCUUAACUCUCAAGGUAGUUGACUAAUCUCUAUGUUUCUCUAUGCAACCUUUUGUGUGUCUCUUUAAAUGAUGACAAUUCAUUUCUUGAAGAGAUUGUAGAGGUCUUUGAUUCUUCUCAAGAUCACUUCUUGAUCCAAUCCCGAGUUUAUGCGAACCAUCGCAGCCUUAUCGAUACACCUCUUCCUGGCAAAGACCCUGCCCUUGAUGCCUCUCCGCCAUCUCCUGAAUCCGCUAUCCUCAAAGAUCCAUUGCUGCCUCCGCCACCACCAGAAGGCAACGAAACCCCGAGCCCUCCUCGAAGUGGUGUGCCAACACAAACACCAGAGACCCCACCUGCUAUCACUCCCCUGCCUGUACCACUGGCUCCAGCUCCGUCUCCGUCUCCUCCUGUGUCUCCAGGAACUACAAAGAAGUCUCCCAAAGUUUAUAUGAUCGUUGGCAUAGUCGGUGGGGUAUUCACAGUCUCGGUAGCAUUAAUCAUCAUCUUUCUUAUCCUCACUCGAAAGAUUCCAAUCAAGCCUUGGACCAACAGUGGCCAGCUUCGCGAUGAUCUUAUCACAGAUGUUCCGAGGCUGCAGCUAUCUGAGCUACAAGCAGCCUGCGAAGAUUUCAGUAAUGUCAUAGGAUCUUUCUCAGACGGCACCAUUUAUAAAGGAACUUUGUCCACUGGUGCUGAAAUCGCUGUGGUGUCUAUUGUGGCCGGUUCUCGUUCAGACUGGUCCACCACCAUGGACACACAGUUGCUACAAAAGAUGCAUAAUUUAUCCAAAGUGGAUCACAAGAACUUUUUGAAUGUGAUCGGUUAUUGCCUUGAGGAAGAGCCCUUCAAGCGAAUGCUGGUUUUUGAAUACGCUCCCAAUGGAUCACUCUCCGAGCAUCUGCACUCUCAAUACGUGGAGCACUUGGACUGGCCUACCAGACUCAGAAUCGUCAUGGGAAUAGCUUACUGUCUAGAGCACAUGCACAAUCUUAACCCACCCAUCUUGCUCUCCAAUUUGGACUCCUCUUCUGUGUACUUGACUGAAGACAACGCCGCCAAAGUCUCUGACUUUUCUGUCAUCAACUCCAUAUUUCCCUCUAAGGAGGGUUCCUCGAGCAAGAACCUUCUAGAACCCUCGUUACUUGAUCCCCAUACCAACGUCUUUAACUUUGGUGCCGUUUUAUUCGAAAUCAUCAGUGGAAAAUUACCAGACCCGGAUUCUAUGCUUCUCGAACCCAAGCCCACAAGAGAUAUUGUGGACCCGACACUGAAAACAUUUCAGGAAAAUGUUGUUGAGAGACUGUUGGAGGUGGUUAGGCAGUGUUUGAAUCCAUACUCAGAUCAGCGGCCGACAAUGAGAGAGGUUGUGGUGAAAUUGAGAGAGAUAACUGGAAUAGAAGCUGACGCAGCAAUGCCGAGGCUGUCUCCACGGUGGUGGACAGAGCUGGAGAUCAUAUCCACAGAAGGAAACUAAAGAGAAAGGAGCCGUCCUUUUAGGUGUCCCCUGUAUAUAUACACAAAUGACACUGUGAAGUGAUGAUCAUCUUUUUUUGUUCCUCUGCAUUAAAAGACUCUUUACUGUAUAUACUAAAAAGUUGGUUUUGCAUA